AUGAGCAAAGAAAAGGACAAAAACAGAGCAAAUUCUUACGGCACGUUUCAAGGUGUCCCUACUUAUCCGCCACCAUCGCAUCAUCGCCCGCCGUCGCAUCAUCGUCCGCCGUUGCAUCCUCCGGUCUCCGGAGUUCCUCAGUCGACCCCGUCUCACGGAGCAGCUCAUCACGACAUUUCCGUUCAUCAGUACAUUCAAGAACAUCAAACCGUUCCUGGAUACCCUGUUGUUGCUGGACCUGUAAAAGAAGACCCUCUUCCUUGUUGUGGUCUUGGAAUCGGCUGGUUCUUGUUCAUAACCGGUUUCCUCCUUGCUGCAAUCCCAUGGUACGUAGCCGUAUUCAUUCAAGUAUGUGCUAAAAUCAAUCCUCGAGAGAAACAUGGAUAUGUAGCAUGUACCAUCGCGGCUAUUAUUGCUACAAUUGCCAUUGUUUACGUCUUCAUGGGAGGAAGAGGAGCCUGGUCGUGA